GACCGCGCCCUGCCGGGUGGAAUACCGGGCAAGUGGGGCCCGGAAGCCGGCAGGAGGGCAGGAUUCUGCGCCCGAACGAUCCUGACGAUCAUCAAGGAUGCCGGUACCAUUGCCGCAUCCAUUGAAGCCGACCUCAAGGUUUGCCAGGACCAGAAGCUAGUCGGCAUGGAGUGUGCAGUGGAUGCCACGCGCGUGGUCCGCUCAGCUGGCAAUGCGGCAAAGUACAUGGCGGAGCUCCCGGUUCGCGGCUGCCGUCAGCGAUGGUUCCGCGGCUACUUCCGCUGCGCAGGCCGCAUGGAGGGCGUGGCAUGGGAGUUGGACGUUCUUGGAACGGAGCUGGGUGCUACGGUGGAGUCGUGUCACAAUCUGGACCUGGACUAUCGCCACAUCCUACGGACGAAUGCCACAAAGAAGGGCAUCAAUUGGGGUAGGUGUGCUGGCGACGUGGCCUCUUCGGCCGGCUACGCUUCCACUGCCGGUCUCUACGUGGCAAGUGCCGGGGGUUUUGAUUGCCCAGCUGCCGUGACGCCCAAGCAGAAGAAGGAAGCCUUCAAGGUCUCCAAGCAUCCCUGGACGUAUAAACGGUUGACCAAACA